AUAUUUACUUGAAAAACACACAGUAACAAUUCUGAGGCUGUAGAAUUCAGACUAUAGAAUUCUCCUAAUACUGCCGCUGCUCAAUCCCCUCCCGUUAACCUCAGACCUUGUCUGAGAAGCCUGAUUUGGCCAAGUUAACCUAAGCCCAGAAGACAUUCAAACCUCUUUGGCUAAUUCAUAGGUACACAAUAUCCAUCCAAUAACUAGAAAGUAAAUAGCUGAAAAUAGCUCAACCUUUUCUCAUAACUUUUACCGCCGUAUCGUACUGGCAAGUAACGCGACUGCCCUUCGAUCAGUCCAGUGAAGCGCUUUAAUCAUGCCUAACUGCAACUGUUAACAGGCAUGCGGCUCGUAUGCGAUUAGAAUACGCUGGCAUUUGAUCAAAAGCGUUGACAAGGUAAUUUGAUGUCUAACCAGGUGGUUUUCAGGUCAUACACGACAAUAAAUUCAGUUUCGGAUUCAACAGUUUUAUGACAAUGUGGUUUACUGGGCUUGGAGUCCCGCCCACUGGACUGCCGCUGACCGCUGACCGCUGACCAUGACCGUCAAAAACCAAUUGGAAACGAUGUCUGACCGUUAGCCAUUUAAUUCUGCACGCAAUGCGUUGGAGUCUCUCUCUAAUGACUGGUUGCACGAGCCAAAUGCGUUUCCAUUCAGUGACCAGCUCUGGCGGCACAUAAAAAGCUGCAGUCGAGCGUCCAAGCAGCCGCAGUUUCAUUCCGAGCCUUGACGCGAACACUUCUAGAGCCGCACACAAUAUGCAAGUGAAAUUUGUGAAAAGCGUUUGCCUUUUGGCACUCUGCCUGCUGAUGCAGCUUGUGGCAGGCAAUGCGGCAACGGUCCAUCCGACGCAAACUCAAACGGAUACGCGCGUCUCAUGGAUAGCCCAGCUGCUGCAGCUGCGCCAACAGCUGGGCGAUUGCUAUCGCUCGGGCACGGGUCUGUGGGCUUGCUUCCGCGCGCGCAGCCUGCAAAUCUUCGAGGACAUCAUGGCGGAUGUCAUACCGCUGUAUGAGGGCGUGCGCCUCAUGGCCGCACCAAAUGCGACAAAUGGCCAUGCCCGAGCGGCAGCCGAUGAGCGCAAGGAUCUCAAGCACUUGACGUGGUUUGAUCAGCUGGCUGUUAGCCUGGCCAAGGGUCUGACCACGCACACGCUGCAAAUCAAUCUGGCCAAGCUCACGGAGCGCUAUCUGAGCAACGAUGCGUCGCAGAGCAAAGCAGAUGCGGUGGGCAGCGCCCGACUACGUCGACAUCGUUUCAACAUGAUUAUCACCAUGAUGUUCGGUGUGACAGCUCUGGGCGCCGUGCUGGUGCCCAUGGGCUUCCAAAUGCUGUCUAUUGUCAGUGGCAAGGCGUUGUUAUUGGCCAAAAUGGCUUUGCUGCUGGCCUCCAUCAAUGGACUGAAGCGGGUGGCCAAUACAGGACUCCAUUAUGGCUUGUAUCAUGUGCCCGGCGAACAUCUGGGCGGCUACUACGAUCGCGGCGACUUGAAUCAUCCGCGCAAUGUGCCCAUACCCAUGGGCCUGGCGCCGUCCCUGGACGUCAGCUUGAAGUAGCAGAAAGGAUGCGAGAGAGAGUGCAAGAAAUCUCCAGUCAAUAAUUGUAGUUUUAGAUAGUUCAAAUAAAAGUAGUUUUCUUUUUAA